UUUCAGUUUAUUUAAAAUGGAUAAUAACCCGUCUCUGAGUAAAUACUUUGGCGAGGCCGAGGUCCCGCCAGCUUCCCAAUUUUUUGAUGAAAUUGGUAGCGCCCCUUCCGAUAUGAUACAGAGUGUUUAUCUUGGAAGUGACGAAGUUGCAGAAACGACUACAGCGAACUUAUUUACCCAAAAUAUGACGGUUUCCUUCUCACAAAACCAACCGCAAGACGAGCUAACGUUUUCGAAUAUUGUUCCCACUGUAAGCGGCACUACCGCCGUUCCUGCUGCCAGUUUACCGGACCCUUCCACCUUCUUCGAUAACAUUGGCCCGGAGCCCCUCAUAGGGGUAGCCCCUGUGAAGAGCACUGUGACAAGCCCUGAUAUACUUGCUCAUGCUAUGGACGGCCUAGCAUUAAAGACAGAACAAGUGGACAAAGAAGCAGAUAGGAGAAGGGAUGCCUGGAUACCAAAUGAAGAAGCUAAGAAAACACUUAUGAAGGCUCAAUCAUCUCCAAAAGGCUCCUUCUUUCCUGAGAGAGAAGUGUUGACAAUGCCUGGACUGGUGAUGGAAGAAGAAUUGCCAGAUGCGCUCCAUGAAGUUGCAGUAAAACACCUCGGAGUCAGCUCAGCGGGGUCCCGUGGGGCUCUGAGAGCAGACCAUGUGUCUCGAGAUGAGGCCGGGCUGCGGGAGCUGCUGAGGACGGGCUGUCUCAGGGCCGCCCUCAACCUGACCACCGAGCUGAUUAAUGCUGCUGGACAAGGGUCAGGGCGUAUAGGCCGUCCCACGAGGCACACGCCACGCUCGCUGCAGCUCUGGCUGACGCGGUUCGCUCUGUUCGUGCGGCUCAAGAUGCACGACGUGCUGGCUAAGGAGGCGGAGGCUUUCGGGGAUUUUGGGAAGCCAGAUAUGUUUUAUCAGUUCUACCCAGAGACCUACGGCAGUAGGUCCGGCUCGCUAGUACCAUUCUCGCUCCGUCUAUUAGUUUGCGAGCUGCCGGCGCAGGGCGCGCGGGGCGGACUGUGCGCCGACCGACUGUACGCGCUCAGGGCCACUGUGCGACAGAUGCUGGCCAACCUCCGCGAAGGUAAAACGGAAGACGGCACCGCGCCCAUCUCCUCGGAGCAAGACAAGAGCGACUCCAUACGGCUGUGGAGCGGCCGCGAGAUCAGGAUCACACAUUCCAUUGUCAAUUGUGCUUUAGCUCUGAAGGACUACCGCCUAGCAACCCGCACGCUCACCUCCCUCCUCCCCCCCACGCCGGAGUUGAGCGGCACUCAACUGAGCGCCACUCAGCAGCGGCUGGUGAGCAGCGCGCUGUGCCGCGUGAGCGUGCAGGCGGGACACCUGCGCGCCGCUGUGAGGCAUCUGCAGGUGGCCACGGAGGCCAGGCAUCAGCAAUGCCCGACGCCCGACGUGCGCGAGUACGUGGACCUGGGGCUGGUGGACGUGGCGCUGGGCAAGUACCAGGACGCCUACACACACUUCGUGAAGGCCGCCGACCAGGAACCCACCAAUAUUAUGGUGGCAAACAACACAGCUGUAUGUCUACUCUACAUGGGGCGGCUGAAAGAGGCCAUCGCGGUUCUACAGAAAGCCAUCAACUCUGACCCAGAGAGAGGCCUAAAUGAAAGCCUACUGGUCAACCUCUGCACCCUGUAUGAACUGGAAUCGUCCAAUACAAAUGAAAAGAAGCUCAGUCUGUUGAGAAUGCUGUGUAAAUACAAAAGUGAUACUAUACCUAAUGUGCUGGAAUGUUUGAAGUUAGCGUAGGUAUUUUAUUUAGGGCUUGUUAUUAAUGUUAUACUUAUAGAGUAAACCUAUUUUAUGUAGCUUAUGGA